AUGGCAACAAAAUCUGCUCUUCUGGCCGCACAUUCACUGCCUUGUGGUUCGAGGAAGUUCCAGUUGUCUUCUUUGAGGUUUAAGCAUGGAGAAUGGAUCAUCUUCAACAAUGGGGGGACAUCACAGAAAGAUGGUGAUCGAGUGAAGAAGGGUCAAUGGGGAGCUGAAGAAGACGUGUGGUUGCGAAAGCUGGUGCAACGUUAUGGACCUCGCAACUGGGCUCUGAUCAGCAAAUCAAUACCGGGAAGGUCCGGCAAGUCUUGCCGGCUUCGAUGGUACAAUCAACUCUCACCGGCCGUGGACCACACAGCUUUCACUCCGGCGGAGGACGGGAUCAUUGUGCAAGGUCGUACAAAUUACGGCAACAAGUGGUCGAUGAUUGCCAAACUCCUUAAUGGUCGAACUGAUAACGCGAUCAAGAAUCAUUGGUAUUCGACUCUGAAGAGGAAGAACUCACUGGCGAACAUGCAGGAUGCUGAAGCCGGCGGUAAGCAAGGUUCUAGACCUGAGACUGAGAGUACUUCGUCAGGAACUGAUCUUAACAGUGCAAACCAUCUUCCGCUUGUUUUGAUGGAUAAAUUCAGCAACUGGGUUGAAUUGAAUCUAUCAUCUUUCCGGCAGUUUGAAGAACCGGUGCCGGACCUGAACGAUCCACCGCCGGAACUGACUCUGUCUUUCGCAGUAAACUGUUCAUCUGAGUGUCCAACAUCGAGAAAUUAUUCAGGGAAGAAGUCUCGAACGAGUCAAACACUUCCUUUGAGUGCAGGGCUAAUGUCUGUGAUGAGAGAGAUGAUCCAGAAGGAAGUUACGAAUGACAUGGCGGGACUUGAAGGUGGUGGAAUAAGUUUGCAGAGUCAUAUCGAUUACAAAGAAAAAAGACUGGAAUAG